AUGAAUAUCAACAAGAAACUUGACAGGGUCAAGCAAUGGGCGGGAGAAAAGAUGGGCGCGGAGGCGAAGACCAACGUGUCCGAUGAAUUCAAGUCAUUGGAGAUGGAGAUGGAUCUCAGGCAAGAUGGCAUGACUAAGUUACACAAAUCGAUGACAACCUACGUCAAGUCUCUCGGAAAGCGCAACGAAGUCGAUGAUAAGGAGAAGGUAUUGCCGGUUGGAUACCUUGGUCAGACUAUGGUCUACCACGGCGAGGAUUUCGAGCCAGAUUCCGAGUUUGGCAACUGUCUGAUCAGCAUGGGAAGAACCAACGAGAGGAUUGCAAGAACACAGGAGGCAUAUGUAGCAAAUGCUACCCAUGGUUGGCUCGAAUCACUCGAACGUUCGUUGGCAAUGAUGAAAGAAUAUCAGAAUGCUAGAAAGAAGCUCGAGAAUCGACGACUUGCAUACGAUGCCUCCCUUUCCAAGAUGCAGAAGGCUAAAAAGGAGGAUUUCAGGGUUGAGGAAGAACUCCGAUCACAGAAAGCAAAGUACGAGGAAUCGAGUGAAGACGUUCUGAGGCGGAUGCAGGACAUCAAGGAAGCUGAAGCGGAAACUGUUGUGGACCUUGGGUCAUUCCUGGAUGCAGAACUCGAGUACUACGACACAUGCCGUGAGGAGCUCCUCCGGUUGAAGAGGGACUGGCCUGCAGUACAAACUUCCCCACAACGAGACCGGGGAAGACCAAUGCCCAGAGCUCGAUCAAAUACUGCACACUCCUACAAUGAGCGAUACUCCACCUAUGAAGAGCCCGAGCCUGAACCCGUGCGAGCUCCCAUCCGCUCCCAAGCCCGCGUAUCUUCCACGUCUCGCAUCAAUAGUAAUUUAAGCACUCAUGGCGAAUACCCUGAGAUUGACUCUCCUCGACGACCUAGCAUGGGCCGCUCUACUACAUUCCAAGGCCCCACGUCCAUAUAUCGAGAAUCAACCCCGGUUUCAGAUAGCCGAAGGGGUGCAUUUCCCAGUGAUGUUAGCACACUCCGAGGUCAACUACGCCCUGGGAACCGCAUCCAAACUGGCAGUGAUCUCUUUUGCGAUCCAUCUGAUGAUUCAACCCUCAACAGUUCCAGUCCUGAUCGGUCAUACGGAGCCCGUUCUGUCAGUCCCGCAACAUCCCAUGGUAGCUUGCCCAGUCGAACAGGCAGUUACUCAACGUUAACCAACAUUCCGAAUGGGCGCAAAGCUCCACCACCACCCCCGCCGAGCAGAGCUAAGAAACCACCUCCACCGCUACCAGUAAAGAAGGCAAAUAUCAGUUCCACCAGCGUGAACCGAUAUUAG